AUGCAGAAAGCUCAAAUGCUAUUGCUUAAAGCUCUAAUUGCUCAAACUCGAGUGACUGAGAGUCUUCUUAAUCUAAAGGAUUCGACUCCCCUAGCAUCUAAAGCGCGCAGCGACACAGCUGAUGCAGCUGUUAUUCAGUCCAUGGAUGCCAUUGCAUUCGUAGUCCGAGCCAAUCAUGAGCUAAAUCAACGGCGCCGGGAAUUAAUCAGGCCUGACCUAAAUGAACAGAUCAUCACAUUCUCGGGACUAUUCAUACCAACACUCAAAAAACGAGCGUGGGAAGUAUCGCCCCCAGAGCUUCCAGAGGAAAAGAAGAGGGGCGAAGAACCAAUCACGGGCGCACUGAAAGAGACAUGGCAUUGUACAAAUCAGGAAGCAGCAAUUACCUGGGUUGAUAAAAGAAGCAAACCAGUACAUUCAAAGCAAUUGGGAGCGCCUGUAAAACGUCAUCCAAUUAAUGCUGAUGGUAAUUGUUUAUUUCGAUCUUUAUCUUUAUCGAUCUUUAUAUUUAAUGUUUUAGUUAUGCCUACACGCCUACGCAUUGAUAAGGGUACUGAAACGGCGGAUAUGGCCACCAUGCACUCCUACCUUCUAUCAAAGCAUGAAAGUGAUGAAGAUUCAGCAGAUUGUGUCAUUUAUGGCCCAUCUACCGAAAACAAGAUAGAACGAUGGUGGAAAGAGUUACUAGAAAGACUGGAAACAUUUUUUAAAGACCAGUUAAGGAAGUUAUUAGAAGAUGGUGAUUAUGAACGAGAUAUUCCAAUACAUAGAAAUAUGCUGGCAUAUGUGUAUGUUCCAGUAGUUCAAAAAGAGUUAGACAUCUUUAGAAAAACAGUGUGGAAUUCUCACCGUGGAAGAAAGCAGCAAAAAAAACAACUUCCUUGUGGGGUUCCUGACCAUAUAUACUAUCACCCUGAGCAGUAUGGAGGUGAGCGAUGUGGCUACAUUGUCAGUGAAGAGCAUUUGGAAGAAGUUGCGAAGUUAUCUGGUGUUUUGGAAGACACAGAUGAUUUUCUGAAUGUACAAUUCCGAGCAAGUUGUGAAGAGCACAUCCCAAAUACUGAUGAAAUAAAGCCUGACCAAGCUGCAAAUGCAUACUUGUUCCUGAAGUCACCUUUACAUAAACAUACAACUGAAAAGGAUGUGACAAAUAGUGCGGUUCCAGAAAAUAUCCAUAUACUCUUCUCCCAAUCAUGUAAUGUAUAA